AUGGACGCUUUUAAUAACAUUGAAGCUUUUUAUAAAAUUGUGGAUGGUUUAAGACCUUCUUUAGAACUUGAUUUGAAGGCAAUUGUUGAACAACUGGGUUUAAAGGAAACUGUUAUAUAUCCUUCACAGGUAAUGUUGGAUUCCAUUCAUAGGGCUCUCUGUACAAAGUUUUUUAAAUUAUUAGAUACUUCAUUUUUCAUCCAACAUUUAAAUUCCAGUUGUUUGAACCACGCUCACAGCGUUGUGGAGUCUAUUAUCAAAUUUAAAUUUGAACAACUUCAGUUCCAAGAUACUCCAGACCUUAUAAUUGCUAAUAGUCCAGAUGGCUUAAUGAAUGAGAGCUCAAAGGAGGAGUGCUCAGAUUUUCCAAAAGAAACCAAAACUGUCUCAAACAUGUCUUUAGAUGAUUCUGUUCUAAAAGAGUCAAAUACUGAUUCACAUUCAACACCAAUCAUUCCUUAUUUGUCCAACUACCCACACUUUAGGUAUUCUUCGCAAUUAGUGGCAAAAUCUCCAAAAAUUUGUUGUAUACCUGAAUCAGUCAAUGAUGAACUUGUCAAAACUAUUACCAUACAUUUCAAAAAGAAACAUUAUCCAGGAGUAACACUUUCUAUUCAUGAAGAAGCACCCUCAAAUCAAAUUUUAAUUAGAUAA